AUAAAAUAUAUCGAUGAGAAAAUUGCCUUUUCUAUUACUCCACAAAUGGCUAAGCUCUCUCCCCGCUAUAAUUUCAAAUAGAAGAUAUGAUGUAUUUUAUAUCAAAUGAAAGCCCAUGAAAAAUGGGAUUUACUGAUACUAAAUAGUAAGAGUGUGAAGAACUUUAAUGUAUUAAACUUUGAAAAACCAUGGAAUUUUCUCCACAAAAACUGUUAUAAUUCAUUUUUACGAGUUGUAAGGCAAAGAAAAUUAAGAAUUGUCUAGAAAAAGUGAAAAACGGUUAUCCUAGCGAUUAUAAGAUGUGAGUAUGACUCACAAAAUAAGACUAUCUUUUUGCAUUCUGUUGUCUACUCCUCGUGGUAGCAGUUAUUUAAAAGAUUUUUUCGCUUUCGUUCGGUUAGAAAGUUAGAGCGGGGAGAGAGCUUAGCCAUUUGUGGAGUAAUAGAAAAGGCAAUUUUCUCAUCGAUAUAUUUUAUAAUAUAGUUCAUUGUCUUGUUGCAUCAAGGAAGUUUUAUUAUUUGAAAUGGCUGGUGCUUAUGAUACCGAACAACAAAGAAUGAUUGACAUAAUCAAAUGUAUUACUUUCCGUGAAGCUCGCGAUGCUGGUGCAACAUUUAUAAAUAGACAAUGGAUCGCCGAUAAAAUUCACCGUACGACUCGAUUUGUCUCAGAGUGGUGGGAAAAAUCAUAUGACCAAUGCAUUGCUGAUUAUUCAAAUGCUGGUCCUAAACUUUAA